AGUAACAAAAAUUAAAAUAAAAAAUCAAUCAAAAACAACAUUUUAGCAGCAAGCAAAGCAAUGCAAAACAAAGCGAAGCAAUUCAUUUCAGCCUAAAAAAUCAUUUAAAUUCAAAAUAUACAUGAUAGCAUAAGCAUAUAGCAAUAAGCAUAAGUUAUGUACUGUUAUUCAGAAACAGGACAUACUAGUGUCAAAAAGUAUAAGGCCAAAUCAUGCUACGGACAAUUUGCAUCAAUGCUGUGAAGCAGCUCCUCUCCGUCUUUAUUCCGCAAAAGAAAUCAAGGUACAUAUUACUUAGAAGUUACGCUAUAAUUGAUUGUUCAUUUAAUAGAUGCUUUUUAAGAUGUUUUCUAAAAGUGUUAAUAUGUUUUAGAUCGCGCACUGGAGGAAGGAGAACGUUCCAACACUGUGAAGCUGCAAACCUAAAGGAUCCGCGGAAUGCAGCAGUACGAUGCUUUGGUGUCACGAAAACGUACGAGCAUGAUCUGUUGGGAUACCUGUUAACAUCUCUAGCCCAAAUCAAUUUCUCAUAUAGGACAGGGGUCACAUGUGAACGUGGAGGGACAUGAAAACAAAAUCGCGCACAAGCAUUCUGCACCCGCUGUAUAAGUUUUGAAGUCUUAGACAUUAAACAGGGGCCAUAAACAGUGUCACAAUAAUUGAGCCUAGACAAAACCAAUGUGUCACAUAAUCUGACUCGCAACUUUUCACACAGGUUACUACGAGUCACAAUGGUGUGGCCGACGCCGACUGCAGAGGAGCGGGGUCAGGCCGGUAUGGACCCGGCGGGUUGGAGCACGACUGCAGCGGAGCGGGACCCGGUGCUACUGGGCCCGGCGGGCUAGAGCCCGAUGGGUUGGGGCUCGGCGGAUUUGAGGCCGGCGAGUUAGGGCCCGGCGGGACGAAUAAUGGCGGUGGGGCCGAGGUCAGAGGCCCGAAUGCACGCUCCAAGUCAACCUCGGAACGGAAGUGGAAGACGGGUGACCCCUGCACCCGGCGAGCGAAGACGCGGCCCUGUUUCGUCCAGGAAUACUUCCAGCCCAGCCUGCGACACUCCUCACGGACCCGGUGGAACAGCUGACGGUUAUGUCUAGUGAGCCGCUCAUUGACGUAGAUACGCCGACCACCAGCAUCAGUGACGGUGCGGCGCACCCGCGCGGCCGUCAGAAGCUCAUCGCGCAGGCCACGGCGCGCCAGUCGCACGACGAUGCGGCGCGCACGACCCGACUCGACAGUGGGAGCGCCCACGCGUUCGGCGAACACUAUAUCCCGGUCCUCCAAUUUAACAGACAGGCGCGCGGCAAGCGAGAUGACUGUAUGAGAUACAUUUUCCCCCUUCUCUUCAGCGACCUGGCCGAUGUCCAAAUCGGCCAUUAGAGCCUCGCGGUCACGCUCCGCCAACUCCGACUUCAACUGUGAUACAGUAUGUUCCAACUGUUGCUGGAUCUGUUGCACAGACUCAGGAGCGCCCGCCUGCUCACGGCGCUCAAGGGCUUCCAGCCUCUCAUUCACUGACUCGAUUUUACGUUCCGCCGCAUCGAAUCUUUGGUCCAUUUUAUCCAGUCUCGUCACAAAAGCUUCCCAGGAAUCACGCAGCAACGCCAUCUCCCGGCGGAACUCCCGCAUCUCCGUCACAGCCUCCAUAAAGAAACGCCGAAAUUCAUCGUCACUUUCUGUUACAAAAGCCACACCGGCGCCGGCAACAGCAGAGUCACCAUCACCAACAGAGGGCUCACUCGUGACCACCGCUGCAGGGGACGACGUCACGGCAGAUGGCGGACUACAUAGGCCUUUAACAGGCGUAUGCGUGUUAUCGCCUCUUUUAACGCUCUGUGUGCAAUCAGGGCAAACCCAGUCCUUGCGUAUUUGUGACUUCUCCGACAUCGCCAGACAAGCUCGGUGAUAUUUAUUCGGGCAGGUCGUGCAAGCAGCCGCACCACCCGACGAGAGAAACCUCCCACACGCAGCGCAGUGAAGCAUGAUGGUUCUUGUAGAUGUCAAAUCGUGAUUUUCGAUCCGUUUCCCGAUUCCGCCGCGAGAUGUCGAGUAUCAACACGGUACAAGCACGAUGGUUCUUGCAGAUGUCGAACCUAGCUUUUUAGCGUAGAUCCGCUUCCCAAUUCCGACGCGAGAUGUCGUGUAUCGGCACGGUAUUUACUCCUCUCUCCACUAGAUGUCGCAAAUUUUAAAUUGAUUAUAUGCUUAAUACAAUGUUUAUCAAAAGAUUUGUGCAUUUAUUAUUGAAGUAAAAUUGGAUAAAAUGUUUAUCACAUUCGACACUUAAAAGAAUCCCGCGACUAGUAACUUCAAUCAGUUUAUUCAAAAUUACCCCCUCACGAAAGAAAAAUUGUAAGAAUCAGCUGAUUUUAUUUUAUCAAUAAUUCAAGAAAAAAGACUCUUAUCGACUCGCCCACACGUACACAGAUUCUCAGAGGCACUAUUAUUUACAGUUACACAAUCACAACACGCAAACUUUAGACUGAGUAUUCAUUUAUUCGCAAUUACUUCGCACACUAUUAUGACAGCACCAAAGUUCCGUCGUCACUCCCUUAAAACGUAAAACUUUUCUUUAGAUUUUAACAUCUAGCAGUUAAAUGCUUAAAAAAUUAAAACAUAAUUAAAAUUGCUAUUUCUUCUUUCAAAUGUUUAAUUCAUUUGACAUUGUGGGUUACCUACAAUGCGAAGAGGUGGCGCUGCCUUGCAGCAUAAGGCUAGGAAAAUUUCGACACGGCCAUCAGGGCCGUGGUAGCAUAAUUGGUCAGUGCAUUCGCCCGGAUUGCGAAGGGUGCGGGUUCGAGUCCCGUCCGCUGCCUGGUCCUCGUGGAUUUUUUUCUAGUAAAACUUUUUUGUAAUAUUAGGUUUCUUAUGUUUUCUCGCACACCACUCAUUAUGUAAAACAAAGUUUCAACGGUAUAGUUGCACUGAUUUAUUUGUUGCUGACGAUCCUUUUCAGGCUGCGUCGACAAAGUAAAUAAAAUCAUAAUUCUGAAACUUCUAAAACUUGUUUGAUUAAAAGUUAUUAUUCUAAUUUAUUAAAAGGCCAGCAAAUUACUCCACUUCACCUGAUGUUAAGUCGGUUUGCAGUCCGCUCGGGGAGACAUCGAGUUCUUCACAAGCGCAAAUCAAUAGUCGACUUCUGAACUAUAACCCUUUAUAUUUUUAUAUUUAUAAGUACUAAUUUACUAUACCAGGUCACUCAGAAAGUUUUGCGAAAAAAAGUUUUUAUGUAUACUGGCCACUUGUAAUUAUUUUGAAAAGUUCGAUCAUUUAAAAGUAAAAAUACCACUGUUCGAUUUUCAAAUAUCCAUCCGCAUUUUUUCGAGAGCCAAUUAAAUUUUUCUUGUCUCAUCAAAUAAUGGAUCUGCAUCGAGAACAUUUUCGUGCUAUGAUUUUUUACGAUUCUAAAUGUGGAUUAAGACCUGAUGAGUCAUUUAAUCGAUUUCGAACUGCUUUUAUGGAUGAGGGACCUUCAUAAGCAACCAUCUACCGCUGGUGUAGCGAGUUCAAACGCGGUCAUCUUACUUUGGGGGAUGAACAAAGGAAUGGUCGUCCUACGACGGCUGUCACCGAAGAUAGUGUGCUGGCAGUAAAAAAAAUAAUUCAAGAAAACAGACGAAUUACGUACGAAGAGAUUCAGCAUACUCUACAGAUUGGUUCGAGAAGUGUUCACAUGAUUUUGCACGAGCACAAUUGCAUAAAGAGGAUAGUUUCCCGCCGGGUGCCGCACAACCUCACCGAAGCUCAGAAGCAGGCCCGUGUGGAUUGGUGCAGUGAUAUGAUAAAAACAUUUUAUGCAGGCUCGUCACGGCUAGGGUUACCAGAUGAUAAAAUCAAAAGUCCGGAGAAAAGGCUUGAUUUCCAUUGAAAAAUCCUGAGAUUUUUUACAGUUUGAGAAUUUUCUCUCAAACGUACUUAACAAUUUAAAAAAGUCGUAAUAUUAUCGUUUAUACUCUGCUUAUACUUUUUAUUCAAUAUAAUUUGAAGAGCUUAACAUAUAGGGUAUUAUCUGAAUCCAUAAUUAAAGAAAAAAAGCUUACUAAAAAUGUAUCUUCACAUAUUAAGUAUGAUAAAACUAAUUAAGAUUAACUUGGAUAAUAAAGUACUGAUUUUAAUUGUGCAAUUAUUACCAAAAGAUGAUUAUUAUUUUUAGUUUGUUUAACUUUUUAUUAAAGAGAUGUUUAAAACGUAAGCUGUAUUUUAUUGGAAAUUCAAAAAAUCCUGAGAUUUCAUGAGAUUUGCAAAAUCCAGUCGCAAUCCUGAGAUUAGCCCAAAAAUCCUGAAAUCUCAGGACAAAUCCUGAGAUAUGGUAACCCUAGUCACGGCGCGUUUAAGAUAUUGUGUCAGGUGACGAAUUCUGGAUUUAUCAAUACGAUCCAGAAACAAAGUGUCAGUCGACAGUUUGGCUGUUUCAAAAUGAAUCAACGCCUACGAAAGUGAAGCGAUCCAGGAGAGCGCAGGCAAAAUUUUGAUCGCUUGUUUUUUCACUUUGACGGGGUACAUAAUUUCAAUUCCACUUCGAAAACAAAGCAGCAUCAACGUCGAAUGGUAUAGCACAAAAUGCAUGCCAGAAGUUUUUUCUGCAAUGAGCAACAAGUGACCUAACACCGGGCUCCGCGGGGUCCUUCUUCAACACGACAACGCGCCCGCGCACUCUGCGAUCAAAACGAAGGACUUCUUGGACUCCACACCAGUCAGUCUUGGGUCAACCUCCUUACAAUCUUGAUUUGGCUCUGUGUGACUUCUUUUUAUUCCCUAAAAUAAAAAAUCAGCUCAAAGGGAUACAGUUUUCAUCGCCGGAAGAAGCGCUAGCAGCGUUUGAGAAGGCCGUGGAAGAGGUGUCUGCGGAGGACUGGAAUAAAUGAUUUGAAAAUUGGUUCAGCUGCAUGAAACUUUGUAUAGAGGAUGGUGCAGACUUCAUUGAAAAGAUUUAAUAAAAAUAUUUAUUUCAUAAAAGUUAGUUUUUUAGUUUCUCAAAACUUUCUGAGUGUCCCACAUAUUAAUUUCCUAAAGUAAAUGUGCACAAUUCGGAUAACAUGUACAAUAAUCUGGAAAAAUUACGUAACUACAAAUACCACAAUACUUUGUUGUAAACAUAAACAUCCUAAAAAAAUAUUUGCUUUAUUUGCAGACGAAAUCGGUGGGGACAGCGAGCUAGUUUUAGAAGAUGUGACGGCAGAGGGGUUCGAAUCUGCCGAUUUUGCCGAAGGGUUGACCGAAGAACGAGCGAGAUCCGCGCUGUACGCCGCGGCCAGGUUGCACGCCCUCUCCCUGGCCCUCCGAGAGCAAGAAGGGCCGCUCGAUCAAAGAUUCGACUUCUUAUUUCCCUGCGAGAGAGCCGCAGCGGGAUACCUGCGUCUCGUGAGACGGGGACUGCCGCAACUGGAGGCAUUCCUGCGAGGGCGAUCGGACUGCGUCGAGGAGGCGGCGGCGGUGUCCGCAUUAGUAGCGAGGGCGCCCUCUCUGCUCGGCACUCUGCUGAGGCCGGCCGAGCCCGCCCCGCUCGCUCACGCAGAUUUCUGGAGCGGGAACCUCCUGUUCAGAGAGAAGGAAGGGAAAAGCGAAUGCAUAGCUUUAGACUGGCAAAUGGUGUCUCUCGGGAGGCCGAUGGACGACGUCGCGUUGCUGCUGCUGUCUUCGCUGACGCCGGAGAUGAGAAGGGCAGUCGGGGAUUCGUUAAUCGAGGAGUACGGGGAUCGUUUGGAGGCGGAAUGCUUGCGGUUGGGGGCGGCGGGUGCGGGGGCUGCGGUGCGACGGGGUCUGCGGCCCGACUGGCCGCGCGCCGCGUUGCGGGCCUUACUGCUGUGCGCCGGCAGCGUCGACGUGGCAUUAGGCGAGCCGCGCGCUGAACGGAGGCUGCUCGAGGCAGUCCGCGACCUGCACGGGCAGGGCGUGCUGGCACUCAAACCCGAUACCGAGACAUGAGGCUCGUGUACCACUCGCGUGUGCCAAGUGCCGGGCCUGAGCGUCUAGUAGGAGUUUUGAUAGAUUUAUAAAAGCUCCGUUCUCCGUAUUUUGGCAACGGUGCUGUAGUUACCGCUAGAGACGCUGUGUGGAUUAUAUGGCAUAAACGGGGCGAUCAUGUCACCUAAUGCUGCCAUGACUCUUACUAGAUACAGCGAAUAAUAUAAUGCGAAUAAUCGUUAGUCGUACAUAAAAGUAACGAAAGGCAGCCCAGUUACAUUCGUAGUGUUAUAUUAAUUUCCCGAUAUUGUAAGCGCAUUUUUUUUGUCGUCGUCUUUUGAUAACAAAGUAUGGACUUGUUGGGGACGGCCGCUCGUCCCGAUCGUUUGCGGUGCGCAGCCUAACCGAAGACUGAAUUUACGGUAUUUGUACAACGUUCAAAAUAUGUGCGGGUGUGGUUGUUUGUGCCUGCCUUUCGGUAGGCCAGUAGAUAAUUUAUUGCUCAUCGUAUCAAAUGCUAGAGGUUCAUUGCGGUCUAUUGACAAAUUUAAAUAAGUAUUAUUUCAUCAAUAAAUAUUAUGGUAAUAUGUUGU